AUGGUCAUAACCGAAAUUGGCCGAAUGGGCGUUAAGCCCGGCAUCGACAUCAUGGAUGAGAGCAAGACAGAGGGUACUGUUCUCUCAAAAGCUUACAACACUGUGACCGUUAUAGAGGGAGGACCUUACCGCGCAUUUUGGGGCUUGGAGGAGGAAAAUCCACUCAUGGCUUGGGCCUUUUUUGACUUUGACUCCGUCGAACAUCAUGAAACCUUUGCAAAGCUUCACGGAGCAGAAAUUUCGAAAGACUUUCCGACGGUUCUGACUCAUGGAGAAUUCGUGAAGCAUCUAGCUCUCACUGCCUCAUCAGCUGCAGCGCUGCGAGCUCCUCUUUCAGAGAUUGUCUUUAUACACUUCCCUGGAGACUUAUCCGCCGACGAUAAAGAAUUGAUUGUUCAGCAACUGGAACAUACUGUGGACAAAAAUGUUUCAAAGUCUCCAGGCAUUGCUGCUAUAAGUUGGGGCUGGAGUGUUGAGAACGACUUCCCCGUUGUAGGAACCAAGGAACAGAGCGGGUCAGUACUUGCGUUGAUUAUCGGCUGGUCCGGAAUCACGUCCCAGAAGAGUUUCCAUGAAACCACCCACUGGAAAGCCGUCAAAAGCGAGAUUUGUGAGAUGAAACGGAUCGUAACGGUCACCGGUCUUUCUAUUAGCUGUCACAGCUCCGAGAGGAAGGAGGUCCAAGAUAACUGA